AUGAUACCGAAUGGCGGGGAAGCUGCAGGUGCAUCACGCGAGCACACGCAGGGGCAGAACGCAGGCAGUUGCGCCCUCAACGUAGGAACAAAUGGGAAGUGGGAGCCUUACGGGUACAAUUACAGGGAAAGGGAGCAAUCACAUUUGAACAGUUCGAGGGGAGCACCGCUGCAGGUACGGGUCGUUGUGCAACUCCCCAACGGCACCGUGCGCGAGUGGAAAGAUUUUGCGCAGUUGCAGGCACUACCCCAAAUUCUCCGUGAGGUGUAUACCACCACACCAGACCAAGGUCGUAGUUCGGCGGGAUCCCUCUCACCGUUAAAAUUCUUCUGGAUAGAUAUGAGCGGCAUGCCGCAGCGGGAAGAUCUGAGUGCCCUAUUCGAGCUCCUUCACGUGUGCAAACAUACGGAGCGAAGGUGGCGAGCUAUGGCAGCAGCGCCUCCCGGGGUCGGGUUAGGCGGGUUUCCGCUAAAUAAUGGCACCUGCGAAGAAGGGGCGGAGCGGUCUCACUAUGACGAAGAUGAUUAUUACGACAAUGCAACGGAGCUCGACUACUUACGGGCCUUCGUUGCGGAGCAGUAUGUUCAGAUUAGCCUUACGGUUCUUGAAUCACCAAACGUGACGGUGUAUGGAUUACCAAUGGAAAAGGACACUGAAAGGGAAAUGGGCACUGAGAAGCACCAACGGCAGCGAGAGGGCUCGCGGCCGAACCUUCUCGACGCGUGUGAGUCAGGAACCCUGGCUUCUGUGCAAGUGUUGUGCUUCGUCAAUGGAGUCGUCACCUGGCGGCCACAGCCGGCGGUGGAAGGGUGGGAAUACAUUCCCCACGGUCUCGAACGUAGACUGAGUAACAGCACCAACAUUGGUGAUGGCAGAGCAGUUGGUGACGGCAACGAGGGACCGCGCGGAGCACUAACCACGUCUCUGCUUGUACUCACCAUUCUCGACGAACUUUAUAUGGCUUUCCUUCCAGAUACGACAAUAGUGCUCAGCGAGGUGGAUACAAUCGACUCUAUGUUGCCACUUGUCCGACAGCGAAUGUCAGACCAGGCGGACAUAUUGAGGCGCAUUCAAAUGUUGCGUCGGAGUUUGUCGGUACAUCGGCGCGUGCUGAUGAGCAAGGUUAGUGUGCUUGAGCUCUUGAGCAGACCCACUGUGCGCGUACUCUUACCCUUCAUGAAUCCAAUCACGGACGCCGUCAAUGAAAAAGAACGGGAGCAUUGUCGCGAGCCAUUUGACCCCCGCGUGUAUCAACCGAGACACCGCCACGGAGAAUUGCACUACGACCAGUCUGAAGCAAUGGCAAGGCGCGCCCCUUCAUCAGGGCAACAGAGCGACACCUACGCAGAUAUCGCCUGUCGCAUUCUGCACGUCCUUUCUAAGCUCGAGGACGCGCGCAGGAUUCUCACAAACUCUAUCAUCAUCCACUCCUCGGGUGUUGCGGCGGUGAACAACUACAACAGCAAUCAGUCUGAUACCCUCAGCAUUACGCUGGGCUACGUUGCUUUGAUGUCCCUGCCCCCAACUAUCGUAGCUUCGCAAUGGGGAAUGAACGUUUACGUCCCGUGGGUGGAUACGAAUUCUACCGUGCCCUUCUGGGGUAUUGUAGGUGCGGUGACGGCAUACGCGGCCCUCGUGCUCUCCUAUCCAAUAUUCUGUUGGAUCAGGGGCAGACCGGACAAACUAGUCUUUUAG